CGCAUGCGCGGACUUCAGGAAGUGCCGGGCAGAGCAAAGGCAGACUAGAAGGAACUGGAGAGGGAAUUGGUUUGGAGAAGAGAGUUGUUGCUCUCGACAUGGAGCGAUGGACUCUCAUUGCCAUAGUACUCAUUGUCAAUUUAACAGUUCGUUGGGCGGUGUCUCUGAACCCGUACUCAGGUGCUAGUAAGCCACCGAUGUAUGGAGACUAUGAAGCUCAGAGGCACUGGCAGGAGAUUACGUUCAAUUUACCCGUCCAUCAAUGGUACUUCAAUACAAGCGACAAUGAUCUCAAGUAUUGGGGACUUGAUUAUCCACCUUUAACUGCUUACCACAGUCUGCUUUGUGCAUAUGUAGCUGAAUCAAUAAAUCCUGAUUGGAUUACUCUUCAUGUGUCUCGUGGGUACGAGAGCCUUGGGCACAAACUAUUCAUGAGAGCAACAGUGCUUGUGGCAGACUUCAGUGUAUAUAUCCCGGCGAUCCUUUACUAUAUUCUUCAUUGUGAAGGUCCAGAGACCAUGAAGGUAUCGUAUUUGCUGUGUGCAUUACUCUAUCCUGGACUACUACUUAUUGACCAUGGGCAUUUUCAAUACAACUCUAUCAGCUUGGGCCUUGCACUGUGGGGGUUGCUGGGCCUUUUGAAAGGCCGGGUCCUGUUGGGAUCCAUGGCAUUUUGCUCAGCUCUUAAUUAUAAGCAAAUGGAACUUUAUCAUGCUCUCCCAUUUUUCUGCUAUCUACUUGGAAGCUGUUUGAAAGACCUGAGCAGUGGAGGGUUAACCAGGUUGAUCAAAAUAGCUCUUGUUGUGUUGCUUUCAUUUGCUUGCUGCUGGCUGCCGUUCCUCACAAGUUUCCAGCAGUCUCUGCAGGUGAUUCAGAGACUUUUCCCUGUCGAUAGAGGUUUGUUUGAGGAUAAAGUUGGAAAUGUGUGGUGCAGUUUAUCUAUAAUAUUGAAGGUGAAGAAGAUUCUAUCACAACAGACACAGAUAUGGCUCAGUUUUGCCGCAACAUUUCUGACACUUCUUCCUACAUGCAUGAAGUUGACAAUGAAUCCCACAAUAAAGGGAUUCAAAUUUGCACUGGUCAAUUGUUCCUUAUCAUUCUUCCUGUUUUCAUUCCAAGUUCAUGAAAAAUCUAUACUUCUGGCAGCUAUACCUGUAUUAUUGAUUCUACAUGAACUGCCCUUCAUGACAACCUGGUUUUUGCUGGUAUCAACUUUUAGCAUGUUUCCCCUGUUGCUAAAAGAUGGCCUACUCCUCCCUUAUAUUGUUAGCUCUUUGACAUUCCUUCUUGUCACAAUGAAGUUGUUAUCAGCCUUUGAAAAAGUGUCUGUGGAGGAUCUGCAGCUCCAGCCAUUUGUGCAGAGCUUGAGGAGGUACUUCCCACACUUUGCAAUCUCAUCAUGCAUUGCAAAACUUUCAUUCCUUCUAUCUGUGGUAGCCAUGGCGAGUCUUAAUUUGAUUAGUGUAACACUAGCUCCUCCACCACAACUGCCAGACUUGUUCCCUGUCUUGGUGUCCCUAAUUUCCUGUUUCCAUUUCUUGAUCUUCCUGGCGUACUUCAACAUUCUGCAUCUGUCGGAGCCUGUGUUCGAGAAGCAUCAACGGAAAGUGAAAUAGAGCACAGUUUGUUUUAUUGCAACGCAAAAUUAGAAUUUAUUCCACUGUAUAUUACAGUAAAUAAAUGAUACUCUUUAGUCCAAAAUGCAAAAAUUAUCAUUUUUUAAAAUUACGUAUAUACUUAUCUGCCUCAAUAUAUCAGUACCUGCUGAAGAAAGCACCAUGAAUCCUGGGUCUUCCUGCUUUAUUUGAUCUAACAAUUAGG